ACGCUCCAGAUGUUGAAACAGCCACAAGCAAGGACGCGGCGAGGGUCUAUGUGGCUCACUCCUGUUGAUUUAGCCAAAAACACAGGCAGGAAAGCGGACAGGAAAUUUGCAAUCUCAAACCGCAGACGAUUCUGUGUGGUUUAGCUGUUUUCGUGUCGGGAUUGCUCGGCAUUUCACGCUCUGGACAUGCGUGGGGCUGGAGCAGGAGGGCUUGUCUAAAGUUUGAACAGCAGAGCUGAAGGUACAACUGACUGUGAUAAGGCAUAGGUGGGAUGAUGAGUAUGAUGGCUUCCCCUCUGUUCCUACUGAUAGCCUGUCUGGUCUCAUCGCGUGUCGGAGGUGCUUUCUUCUCGGGACCCCUGCACCCGGAGAUGUCCAACGGCACUUUUCAUCAUUAUUUCGUGCCGGACGGCAACUAUGAAGAAAACGACGAUCCCGAGAAAUGUCAGAUGCUGUUCAAAAUGACCGACAAUCGCAAAUGCACCUUGGACGAGGACCAGGACUCGGUGAUCCGGGACGAUUUUAUCAUCAUCAAGCGGCACAUCGAGGACGCGGCGCGGGUGCUGGAGGGCAUCGGCAAGAGCAUCUCCUUCGACCUAGACGGAGAGGACAGCUAUGGGAAAUACCUGAGACGGGAGACG